GCGCCGGAGCAGUUGGUCUGGAGGAAGAUUUCGGUUGGGAAUCACGAGUUUACCGACAAACACCGAACAGAAAAUGACGGAGAGAGAGUGAGCCGUUUCAGAUGCUAUAAUCACUCUAAUCCUGCCAGAUCUGCACUGGCCUGAUGUUUGAGCAUCCUGCAGCCAUGGAGAUCACAGCAGAGGGAAUGCUGGGAAAUCAUGACAUGGUAAAAUGCACAAAUCCAGUGGAUUCUGGAGCUUUAGUAUCCACAGAGAGCCGUCCCAGCAGGGUUAUAGAGGCGACUCUGGAGAACGAGUCCGUCUGGAGCCGCUUCCACAGCCUGGGCACGGAGAUGCUGCUGACGCCGCAGGGCAGACGCAUGUUCCCCUGCUGCCGCUUCCGCCUGCGCGGGCUGGACCCUGACCUGCAGUACUUCCUGCUCAUGGACAUCGCUCCGCUGGAUGAUCUCCGACACCGGUUUAACGGGGAGGCGUGGGAGCCGGACGGCCCGGGUGAAGCUCAUCUGCAGAGCCCUGUGUGUUUCCACCCUGACUCUCCGGCUGUGGGCCAGCACUGGAUGGACAGCCCGGUGUCCUUCUACACGGUGAAGCUGACGCAGGACUCCUGCGAGCGGGAAGGUGUGCUUCUGCGGCCCAUGCACCGCUAUCAGCCGCGGUUGUACGUGGCUCCGGUGAGCGCCUGUCUAGAGCGGGCUGUCCCGCUGAAGAGUCCUGACGUGCACAUGUUCACCUUCCCCAAGACUGAGUUCUACGCUGUGACCAGCUACCAGAACCCGCAGAUCACCCGGCUUAAAAUCGACUGCAAUCCCUUCAUGCUGGCGUUCAGAGAGGACGAGUCCAGCGCUCGCCUCAUUCAGAACAAACUCAAACUGGCUCUGACGCCAGCACGCACACACACAGCCAACCACACCGCCUCUGACGAAGAGCAGCACCUCAGCUCCACACACACCUCUCCUGAUGAGUGUGUGUCCAGCGCAGCAGUCAGAGACUCUCAGAUGGCCAGAUCCAGCCAGCGGAGCCCCAGUAAAGCAGAGCGACGUCCCCUCAGUAGGGGGCAGCGUGUGGUUCUGCGCAGGCCCCGGCCUAUGAAGAGAGGGAAGAAGGCCAGAGCCAAGUGGUGGACACGUGUGAAGAAUGUACAAUCGCUGCUGGACCACAGAAGAAGAGUACAAAGCAUCAGCACACCCACUGACGUCUGCAUGCAGCCAGACCUGGAGGAUGUGGAGGGGGUGCUGUUUGUGUCCUUCACUGCAAAGGAGGCUCUGGAUGUCCAUGUGGGGAACAUGAGGAGGUCCGCGGGAUCACCACCACCACCACCAUCAAUAUCUCCAUCCUCACACACACAGCAGCUCUCAGUGUGUGUUACAGAUCCUCUAGUUUCUGAAGCUGACAGGAUCUCUGAGCUGGAGCUCACUUUACUGCAGGAUCUGAAGGAGAAGAGGAACAGACAGAUCCUCCAUCCAGAGCUGCAGAAAGUUGGAGUGAAGCUGAAUCUGCUGGAACACACUGCGCCUGUAGACCUGCAUUAUCUGGGUGUAGAUUUACCAGCUGCUGUCACACACACACCGCAGGAACACACACCCUCCUCCUCGGAGAGUGGUUUCGUGUCCCGCACCGGGAAGACCAACGACCUGACCCGAAUCAAAGGCUGGAUGGAGAAGUUCAGCUUGAGGAGCACGUCCAGCGCAGCUAACAGCUCAGCGUUUUGCUCAGAGAUGCUGGAUGAGUAUCUGGAGAGUGAAGGGCAGCAGAUCAGCGAGCGUGCAGAGGUGUUUUCCAGCAGCGAUCCGUCUCCGGUGGUCUAUCAGCUGCCUGUUAGGAGCAGCAGUUAUGUACGUACACUAGAUAGUGUGCUUCAGAUGCGCACUUCACCAUCAGCAGCAGCAGCACCGCAGCAGCCCAGCAGACUAGUCGCUAAACGGAUGCGGGUCUCCCCAGUGAGAGCGCCAUCCCGUCCUACACCUCAGCCCCGGCCUGUAGUAUACAGCGCAGGGGUCGGUAGAGUGCGCUCCAGACGCGGCAGGAAGAGACGCCGACCCCACAUCAGCUUUAACAGAGACGCAGUAGACGGAGCGCAGCCCUCCUGCACUGAAAAACACACACAGCUCCGCACGCUGGAGGAACAGGCCCUCACACACGGACAAACACACACCUUCAUCAGCACAGAGAGAGCCAGAGUCAGCCUCAGUGCACUGCUGACCGCUCAGAGUGUAUCGGUGGAGACUCCGCAGUGGAGCACACACCGCGCUGAUGAAGGUGUGUGUGUAAAGCUCUUCUGUCGGCUGGGCUGUGUGUGUGACAGUCUGAGCAGAGAGUCUGCAGGAUCCACACACUGCAGGCGUGUUCAGUGCAUGUUCAGCUGCAGCUGCUUCAAACACAAGAUCCUGCUCAUCCGCUCUGCAGACGACAGCCAGAGCGUCAGGAGCCUCCAGACCCUGCACCCAGAUCCAGAGGGCAGGCCUGCACCCGCAGCCAGAGUCACCCGCCUGUGGGAGAGGAGUCCAGAUGAGGACGAUCCUGAGCCGCUGUUUACCCCUAAACCAGCUGGAGCUCUGAGACCAGCACCACGCUUACACAUACCCUCACUUGUCCUGCAGGUUCCGAUGGAGAAGGAUCCGGUUUACCUGUAUCUAGAGAGCAUGAUGACCUGUGCUCGAGUGCGCGAGUACAACAGUAACCCUCCGCCACAAGUGCACUUACUGCCUGCGAAGAAGAGUUCAGAUGAAGCGCUCAGUGACGCGUCUCUGCUGAACCCCAGUAAAAGACCCCAGAGCCCAGAUGAGCCGGAGCCCACUAAGGUGUUGGAGAUCAUCUCGGACUGUAACUGGGAGUCUCAGCGCUCGCGGGUGCUGAAGGAGCUGUUCCAGCGCGUACACGCACACACGCUGCCCUCCGUGCUCUCGCUGGACGCUUACACUGUAGAGCUGCUGUCCGAGCACCUGAAGAAGGAUGGCGCGCGCUCCAUGAUCACAUACAAGGUGUGUGUGUCUCUGAGUGACAAGGAGAAGAGCGCGCAGAAGGAGUGUGUGCAGAAGCAGCGCGUGCAGAAGGGGCGUGUGAAGGUGCCUGCGCUGAAGUCUGUGCCUCUGCUGUGUGGAGUGAUGACUGCAGGACACCUGAAGGCCCAGCUGAGGGUGCCAGACCUGCACUGCCCCAUACAGGUCAAUGGCAGGACAUACGCUCAAGCAAAACUGACCCUGGGCCGGAUGGGAGCACUGCAUCCCGCUAACCGUCUGGCAGCGCACGUCACCGGAAGGAUAAAAUCAGUUAUACCCAGCAGAACCAGAACCACUGCAGCGUCCAGACGCUCCAAAUACACAGUAACUCGAGCAAACCAGAGUACAGACGUUUUCAAAAAGCCAGCGACCCAACGUCUGGUGAUACCCAGGCCUCCUGGUGGGAUCCGGUUUCCUAAAGCGAGGCGUGUCCUGAGUGCUGAAAGGGUGGUGCCGGCGUCUGCUCUCCCGCCGGGCCAGCAGGUAGUUCUUCAGCCGGUGGCAGGCAUGAGCGGAGUCAACAUGUGCCAGUUUAAUGGGCAGAUGAUCCAGCUGGUGCCCGUCUCUGCAGCCGCACCCAUGCAGAUCCAGACCAGCACUACACACAGCUCAGGAAGUGCUCCACAGGACCCACAAUCCACCCUUCAGCUUCCUGCAAACACCGCUCUGCCUUUCAUCAUUCCCAGAAUAAACUCUGUUCCUGGACGAAACGGCUUCACCUUCGCCAGUGCUGCGGCUCCCGGAGUCCAAAACAACUUACUCAACAAAACCGGGACGUUCUCCUUCCGCAUCUGCCCGCCGUCAGCCGAGAGCCCGAGUCCCGCACCGUCAGGAGCACCUCAGGGCUCGGUCUCAGCCUCUACACUCAUUCUCCCUGGAGGAUACAAACUCAUAAAGCUGAUCAACCCAGGAGAGAAACCAGCUCAAAAUAACCCAGCAGAAGAAUCCGCUCAGAACAACCCAGCAGAGAAACCAGCUCAAAAUAACCCAGCAGAGGAAUCAGCUCAGAACAACCCAGCAGAGAAACCAACUCAAAAUAACCCAGCAGAGAAACCAGCUCAAAAUAACCCAGCAGAGGAAUCAGCUCAGAACAACCCAGCAGAGAAACCAGCUCAAAAUAAUCCAGCAGAGGAAUCAGCUCAGAACAACCCAGCAGAGGAAUCAGCUCAAAAUAACCCAGCAGAGAAACCAGCUCAAAAUAAUCCAGCAGAGGAAUCAGCUCAGAACAACCCAGCAGAGAAACCAGCUCAGAACAGUUCAGCAGAGCAUGCAGAGAACUCCCAGUCCAGUGUGUGUGUUAAAGUAGAGCCGGCUGAAGAGGAGGAAGACAUCACAACACAGUCUGCUAAUAAACCCCUCAAGACUGAGCCGGAGCACAUUCAGAUCCCGCAGCUGACGAAUGACGGAGGAACGGCCAAAAUCACCGUCAAAAUAGAGGAUGCAGAUGCAGACGAGAGCGUUCCUCAGCAGCAGAGCCGGAAAAAAGAGGAGCCGGUGCGAUUCGGAGGAUUCUCCUAUGAGGGACUGACCAAUUCAGCCUUCUCCAGACUGAGCCUCACUGUGCCUUCACCUCCGGCAGAGCCUGGGGAGCCGGACGGAUCUGUGCAGAAGAGUCUGGACUGGCUGUGGAGAGGACGAGCUGAUGUACACACAAACGCUGAGCAGUUUGGGAAACCACAGCUGAACGGGACACUGAUGUACAGCAGUGAUGGAUGCACCACUGAGGACAGCAUGGAGCAGCUCAGUGAAGGUGAAGUGGACAUCGAGACGUUUGAGGAGACCGACCUGAUCAUCAACCGAUUGAGAGAAAAGGCCAGACGGAAAAUACAGAGCAGACUCCCUCCGCCUCGAUCACGUCAGCCGAAAGUGAAGCCAGUGAAGUGCGCUGCUCCUCCGGUGCGUCUGAUGUCGGACCUGCUGCUGUACCGGCGGACGCGGCGCCUCAAUCAGCCAAUCAGAGAGAAGAGGCGAGAGCUGGAGCUGCUGCAGAGCGAGCGCACGCUGAGGAGGACGAUGUGUGUGCGGGAGCAGAGCAUCAGCACAGAGGAGCUGCUGCACCAGGCCCGUGAGCUGAUCACAUCUCUGGAGGAUCACAGCAGGUUCCUGAUAGCAGAGAAGAGAGCGCUGCUGCGUCAGCAUUCACACUACCAGACGCUCAUCUGCAUCUCACAGGCCUCAGUGGCAGCAGAACAGAAGACUGAAGAGCAUCCUGCGGACACACUGCAGACACACACUACAUCAGCAGUGAACAGAACCUCUCGUCUGCCCAAUGUCAUCCUGCGCUCCUUCAGAACAGCUCAUCUGCUCACAGCGGCGGACUGAAACACAAGCAGAGGAGAGACAGCUCUGUCCACACACACACACACACACACACACACACACACUCAUCAGUGUCUGUGGAGCGACACUACAGCAUGUGUUUACAGUGUUGUAUAUAAUAUUCCUCAGGAUGUUUCCUCCAUGACUCCCACAUUGGGCUGAGUGGAUCUCCUGUGUAACACCUGAACAUGACCAUUGAACAGUGGAUGAUGAUGAUGUUGAUGAUGAUGAUGAUGACGACGACAGAUGUGUGUGUGUGUGUGUGUGUGUGUGUUUAUUAUCACUGCAUUCCUCUGGAAGCGUCACACACACACACACCAUCUUAAUGCAUUACUCAGUUUGGAGAGUUUGCUCAAUUAUGUGCUUCACUAAGGUGGAUUUACUGGCCGCGUGCUGAAAUAAAGUUACACUCACACACA